GAUCAUCCUCAGGUCUCUUAUCCACCCAACUCUACCUGUUCCCGGGUUCUUCCCUUCCCACUCCGCAGAAACAACCCUCUCUCUCUCUCUCUCUCUCUCUCCCUCUCCCUCUCUCUGUUGUAGCCAUGGAUCCAAACCCUAAGACCUUCCCCAUGCUCUCCUACGUAAUGUCCCGGCUCCCCCACGUCGGUCCCAAACCCUCCACAGAUUCCGAUCCCUACUACGUCGACGUCGAACAGCCAACCCCUCCGCCGUCCGACCCUUCCACCUCCGGCCACCUCGCCGACCAAAUGCCCCACCUCAGCCACCCUAACGUCAUCGCCUCCAUGACCCUCGCCGUGUCCGACGUCGCCCAGACCCGAUCCGUCCUCCAAACACUCGGCGAGCGCCCCGACCACGAGGCCGUCGACGCCGCCAAGGCCAGAAUCCUCGAAAUUGAGUCGAACCUGGCGAAGCAGCUGGAGGAGAUCGUGUUGUCCCCUCGGCCGCAUGACAUCGACCGCCUCCAGUGGCGGUCGCACCUGGCGGAUAAGGAGCAGGAGUGCCGACUCGCGGCGGAGAAGGAGAAACAGGCGUGCAAGGCGGUGGUGCAGCUGGACGAGAUGCACGAGGCGUACGAGAAGCUGUUGAAGGAGGCCGAGGAAAGGCUCGUGAAGAUCUACGAUGCGGCGGCCACGGAGGGGUCGUCGGAGUUUCUGCCGGCGAAUGAAGAGGUGAAUGAGGAAGUUGUGGGAUUAUUGCAGGAGGCGUUGGGGAAGGGGAUCGAGCGGGUCGACCUUUCGGGGCGGCUGCUGCGCUUUUUGCCAGAGGCCUUCGGGCGGCUUCAUGGGCUGCUUGUGCUCAAUCUGUCUUCUAAUCAGCUUGAGGUUAUUCCUGAUUCAAUAGCUGGAUUGGAAAACCUUGAGGAGCUUUAUCUUUCUUCGAACCUUUUGGAGGCUCUGCCUGACUCCAUUGGUCUGUUGCUUAAUCUGAAGAUUCUAGAUGUAUCUGGGAACAAGCUAAGCAGUCUACCUGACAGCAUCUCUCAUUGCAGAUCCUUGAUUGAGUUGGAUGUCAGCUUUAAUGGUUUGACAUACUUGCCCACGAACAUUGGCUUUGAAUUGGCGAAUCUAAGGAGGCUUUCAGUCCAGCUGAACAAAAUCCGGUCCCUUCCUUCUUCUGUCUGUGACAUGAGAUCUUUGCGCCAUCUUGAUGCUCACUUCAAUGAACUCCAUGGUCUUCCACAUGCAAUUGGACGAUUGACAAAUCUGGAGAUCCUCAAUCUGAGCAGUAAUUUCAGUGACAUGACAGAACUUCCUGACACAAUUGGUGAUUUAACCAAUCUCAGGGAACUUGAUCUCAGCAACAAUCAGAUCCGUGCCCUUCCUGUUACAUUUGGCCGGCUUGAUAAUUUGACCAAACUCAACCUGGACCAAAACCCUCUUGUAAUUCCUCCAAUGGAGGUAGUAAAUCAAGGGGUUGAGGCUGUCAAAGUCUUUAUGGCCAAGAGAUGGCUUGACAUGCUGGUGGAGGAAGAACAGAGAAGCGUGCUUGAAAUGAAAGAACAGACACAGACUGGUUGGCUAUCACGCAGCACGUCGUGGUUGAAUAAUUUUGUUUCUGGUGUUUCUGGGAGCGUUUCGGGUUAUCUGGGAUCCCCGGGGAAAUCUCCUAAAGACCCAUUUCUUGAUCAGCAGCUAUAAUUUCAUGAUGCACUGAAUUGUUCUUUGAGAAAUCCUUUCGCAUGAUGGUGUAUGCAUCUGUUGAAUAUUGUAGACAUUCAUUUGAGUAUGAAUCCAGUUCUGCACCAACUCCUUCCAAAUGUGCAUACGUUUCUGCCGUCAAAUAAAUAGGAAUAGCAGCUUUUUUGGUUGUUUUCUUCUUUCCCAACUUUUCCCCCAUAAGCCAAUGCUACUGGUUGUACAUUUAAUAAAGCCUGAAACUGGAGUUGUAGUUGUUGGCACGGAACUCUCUUUACCUGUUUUUGUUGGCAUUACAUGGAAUAGAGCAAUACUAGAGGUCACCGAGAAUUUGCAUU